AGGCUGCAGCUUGGUUACCAAGAGGGAGGCCCGAGUGCCUGUGCUCAAGCACCUCCCUUGCAGGGCUCUUACAGUAAAAGGAAGUGUAUUGCAAGAGGGGCUGCAGUGGGGAUGGGCAGUUCCACCAGGCAAAUCCUGUGUGCACAACCCUUGCUGCCCUCCCCACUGCAGACACUUGGCCUGCUCUCUCUGCCAACGUGUAGAUUUGACGCCUGUGUCCGGAGCUGGUCAGAGUAAUUCAGCAUCCCUGGGACUUUCUCCUCUGCUCCGCGGUGCCCAGUGACCAUUUGGGGAGGUAGGGAAAGGUGAUGCUGCCGUGGUUCUCUCAGGUGGGUCUCAGGGACUCAUCAGAGGAGUGUGUGUGAUGAGGCAUGGGCUGGUGGGGCUGCAGAUGUGUGGCAACCAGGGGUGGGAGGAGAGUGGGGUAAGUUGAGGUGUGAGCUGCAGCAAUAAGGAGGCAACAGAGCACAGGUAAGGAGCUGGGGACACCCCUUGGGGGGUUGAGGAAACAGGGCAGGACCUGCGAGUGGUGGAGGUUGGGGUGGGUAUGAAGAAGAGCACACUUGUGGGGAUACAGAACCCAGCUGCCACGUGAAGGAUGUGGGGAAGGUGAAGUGGUGUGCAUCUGGGUUCAGGCAGUGUGGAUGGCUACAGGGUGUCAGGGUACAGAAGGAGCUGGCUUGGUAAGGAGCAAAGACGGGGCUGUGGAUGCCUGGGGCUGUAUACAGUGGUGAACAGAGAAGAGAGGUGAGAGCAGAGGUGGGAGCAAAAGGGAUCCCAUCACCUGCUGAUUUCUGUGCUGUCUUCUCCUGGCUCAGAAAGCGUCACCCCACUGCCAGAGCUCCCUGUCAGAGGCUCCUAUUUAUGUACCCAGCUAGUGGUGCUGGAGAACGGGCUGGGCUGUUCGUGCUGCACAUGUAGAUCAGGCUUCCCAUGGUGCACUGCCCAGGACAGGGAGCUGACAGGAUGGGAGUUACUGUGAUUGCCUUGCCACUGGAAUUGAGUUAAACAGGUUGGAAUAGGGUUUGCAGGGCUUCUGAUAACACCAACCCCAGGAUGUUAUUCCUCCUCUUGGGAGAUCAAGUAAAAAGGACUAUUACUGCUAACAUUUGUGCAUUACUUAGAAUGGUGAGGGCCUAGUCCAGCUUGGACCUGGGGGAUGCCUCCCUUGGACAAAUACCCUUAUCGAACUUGAGACGUGGCAGCAUGUUGGUGCCCUGGUCAUGGCCAGAGACCUCAGGUGUCAUGCAAGCACAGAGCAGAAGUGGCCCCUUUGCCAAGACCCACUUGCCUUCUCACAGCCAUCCUGUAACUGUCGACAUAGGCAUGUGACUUUGUAAUCACCAACGGUGGAAAAUUUUCCAUUGCUUGCAGUUGGCAUCAAGGUCUGGCCUGGAGCAGCCAGUCUGCACGGUCACCCAGUGGCCAGGGUCCCUGUCCCUCAGGCCACCGCCCCUGGAGAGGGACAAGAGGACUGGAAGGGAGCUGGCCGACAUGUCCCUGUGCCUGGGUGGCCAGGGGCUCACUUUCACUGCAGGUACUUUCUUUGUUGCCUCAGGGUGACAGCUGAGGCCACUGUGGUGCUGCAAGGCCAGCACCCUGGGGCUCCCCAAGGCUGGCAGGUGCGGUGCCGGCUGCACCUUCCCCUGCGGACGAUGGUGCACGGCAGCUACACCAAGGUGAAAGGACGCAGCUUUUUAUGAGGCAGAGCCAGCCCGGAGGAAUUCGCUGCUUGUGGACAGCUGUUGUCCUGGGCCUGGCUUGUGUCCUCCAGCACUUCCCACUCGGCCCUUCCUCGGGGAGGGGAAUGGGAGCUGCCUACCCUCCAGACUCCCUGUGCCAGGCGAGUGAGUGGGUGCCACCUCCGGCUCGCGGGGCUGAAUAGCCGCGGUGGAGCCCAGCAGCAUCCUGCUGCCUCUGCAGGGAUCCUCUUGGGCAGCGGAGAGUUUUCCCCACCCCCAGCUCUGCCGCUGCCUCUUUGUUUUCUGGCAGAAGCCUCUGUGCCUUUUCAUUGCCGUUGAGGCGCCGAGCAGGAGCCUACAUGUGCCGUGUGCGCGUCUCGCCGGGAAUGUGAUGCGGGCUGGGAAGCCUGCCGGGCCAGGCAUCUCCCCUGCAGGGCUGCGGAGGCCAGACGGCAGCUUCGGGGUCUCCUUCCCAUGGACUGUUCCUCCGGUCGAGCAAGGCUCCGAGGCCGCUAGUCUUCUUCACAAAACCCUGUUUCGCGUUGGCAGCGCUUCUGCACCUUGCCACAAGUAGAGCAUCAAAGCUGCAGUGCCGGUGGAUUAUGACUGCAGGGGAGCUGUGUUGCAUCUGCAAAUCUCAGCUGUGCAUCAAGGGCACAUCUGAGCAGAGCCCCUGUGGACACUGAAGAGCUGGAGAGGACGUUGCAGAGGCUCGGAGGCACACCGUGAUGGUGGGAGCCAUUCCACGGCAGCCACGGCGCUUCUGGGGGGUGCCUGACUGGCAGGUGUCUUCAGCUGGUUGUGCCAACGACCGCCUGCUGUGGGACAGGGAAGUUAAUCCGGAGAUAAGCAGGGUUCUGCUGCAAAGGGAUGCUGUGCUGCAGACCACUCCAUAGUGGAGGGCUCAAACAGAGAUCCUGAGCAAGGGGGGUCCAGCUUCCACCCCCUGCCCUUGCACCCUGACCUGUGGCACUUUACAGUCCCACUCCUGCUGCUGCAUGGGCUGCUCUGACUCCGGCUCCGCUCGGAGUCCAGGCAAGUGAGGCUCCAUGCGGCACAUCCACACAGAGACGUCCCUGCCCCCGGAGCACAGCACAGACCCCAGCCUGUCCCGGCCCAGCGGAGAGGCGCCCUUGGAGCCCUCCUCGCAGCGCUGCACCCACCGCAGCAUCCUCAUGGGCUACAACGAGACAGAGAUCAAGCGCCAGAAGGUUUACCAGGUCUCCAUCUUCUCCCAUCUCUCCAGCUCCUCUGAGAGCACGGAGCAGCGGGCAGGCAGCCAGCCGGCUGUCAAAAGGGGAUACCCUGAGCAGCGAACUCUGGAGGGGGGGCGAGAUCCCAAACGAACUCACUGGGGUGACAGGGGGGUGGAGAGCAAGCGCGAUGGGGGCCCUGGGCAGCCUUCCCUGGACGAUGACGAUUCCUUUGAGGAUGGUCUGCUGGUGGAGGAGUUAUCCCUGUGCGGCUCUGCCCAGCACUUCUCCCACAGCGGGCUGCGUGUGGUGGAGCACCGCUGUGAGGGCAGCCCCAGCCACAGCCCCAAAGCCAGCAGAGAGGACAAGUCACAGUAUGUCUCCUCGUCCUCCUCCUCCUCCUCCUCCUCCUCCUCCUCCUGGCCCCAGCACAUUGCUUGCAGUACUUUGCACAUGAGAGACAGUUGCUCUGUCUCAUCGGGGGAUCAUCCCACAGACUAUGGAGAAAAUGGGGAGCCAGCAAGUGGCCACAAUGUACUUCACCUUGAAUUGCACAGUAUUGCACAAACAACCCAGUUGGACUCUGGUGGGAAGAGAGAGAAGCCAGCCAGCAGCCCAGCUCACAGCAGCAGGGCUGGUGGAGAAGAUGAAGGGUCAGUGGUAGGCAAUGGGUGCAAAGAGCCCCCAGCUCCACAGACAGCGCUCAGUCCUGAGCCCAGCAACCUGAGCUUCCAGGAGACAACACCCUGUGGGAGCAGCCACUUCAGCAGCAGCUGCCCAGCCAAAAGGAAGUUGCUGCCUGCUGGUGAGGUUGCGGCCGACUCCUGCUCUGAGGAUGAGAGCCUGUCCCCACCGGCAAGGAAGAAGAGGGUCCUGCCAUGCCACCCUGUCCCCACAGCGUGCCGCAGCACUGAUGCCAAGGGGGCCCCUUUCUGGAAUCACCUGCUUCCUGCUGCCAAGAGUUCUGCAGAUUGCACUGCAGUCGGGAGGAGGCUGAAGAGCGGGCUGCGCCUCAAAUCGCGACAUCUCCGGAGCAGCCUCCGGAGGGGCACCAGGUCUCCCACAGCACCCUGGGCCACCACCACUGUCAGCCAUGCUCUGCUGGGCAACUUUGAGGAGUCCAUCCUGAAAGGGCGCUUUGCCCCGUCGGGGAGGAUCGAGGGUUUCACAGCCGAGAUUGGUGCCAGCGGCUCCUACUGCCCCCAGCACGUCACCCUGCCCGUUGACGUCACCUACUUCGACAUCUCUGAACACAGCGUGCCCUCACCUUUCCUGGGAGUGAUUGACUUGGAGGCCUUGGGAAAGAAGGGUUACAGUGUCCCCAAAGCUGGAACCAUCCAAGUGACCUUAUUUAACCCCAACAAGACUGUGGUGAAGAUGUUCUUGGUGACAUACGACUUCCAGGACAUGCCAGCCAACCACAUGACCUUCCUACGCCAUCGCAUCUUCCUGGUGCCCGUGGGGGAGGAGGAGGGGGCCACCGUGGCCUCCAGCGACCCACUGGGCACCAGCCCACCCCGCAGGGUCCUCUGCUACCUGAUGCAUCUGAGGUUUCACAGCUCCAAGUCGGGGAAGAUCUACCUUCACGACGACAUCCGGCUGCUUUUCUCCCGCAAGUCAAUUGAGGUGGAUUCGGGGAUCCCCUACGAACUGAAAUCCUUCACAGAGAUGCCCAGGAACCCCUGCUACUCGCCCCGGGCCUGACUUUCCUCACCCCCCAGGGCUGCUGGGGAGCCUCCAGCCCAGCACUCUGGGGAGAGAUGAGUAACAGGCCAGCAAGCAAACACUGCUUUGAAACAUCGCCCAUCCUCCUGACCAGCACGGACACCACGCCCUGCAGCAGGGCUGGGAUCAUCCAGGGGGCUUCACCCAGAGGGGCAGGGGCUGAGAAGCAGGCCUGGCACCGCAGGGACAUGCCCAAGCCUUCUGCUGGUGCUGCUCCCAGCUUGGAGACUUGUCUGUGGCUGAGGUGGGUGGGAAGUGAAGAGUUGGGCCCAGGCUCUGGGUAAGACUACCCACAUUGGCCCUGGGGAUGGGAGCAGAAAGUGUGGAAGGGUUUGUAUUUAUUAGUAUUUAUUGUUGCUGGGAGCGCAGAAGAGGCUCGUGCAUAGGACCUGAGAUGCUGUGCUUGUUCUUCCCCCUGACCCUACCAGUGCAGGGUUGCCCCUUUUGGGGCAGGUCUGUGGGGACUGGGAGGGUCACUGGGGAAGGCAAAGUGACCCACCUCUUGGCCUGGGUGCAGCUCCCAGGCCAGGGCUGUGUUAAAAGACUGGGAGAGGCUGGGCCUUGCUGGGCACCAGCUCUGCAGGGCCAGCCCCACUCCAAGCAAUCCUCUGACUCCUUUAGGGCAAGGCAGACCCCAUGGGGUCAGUGGCAGUCAGGGAAGUGGCCAUUGCCCUGGUUCCUAAGGCUCAGAGACACGGCUGUCACGUGGAUGGGGACCUGGGGCUCUUUGCAGAAGCAUUGGGGAUAGCCCUCUCUGGGCAAGAGCCUCCAGAGCACGUGCACCGCGGAUCUGAGAAGAUUGCCAAAAACAAGGAGCCUUGCACCAUUUGCAGGUGUGGGGUGAAUCCCAACCAGGAGGCAGCUUUGGGCAGGGGUGUGCCGGCAGCACCAUCAGGGGCUGGAGGAUGGGCAGGACCUCAGUCCCUCGGGUGAGGGGAAGCAACAGGGACAUCAAACUCUGGGCCCUCAGGAGGGGGUCUGGGGGUGACCCCAGAGCAACACUGGGAGUGCUCCCCAGUAGGAGCACUCUGGGAAGCUGCAGGCCAAGCCCAGGGAGGUGAGGGGGGCAGGGGUGAGAGGGUGAAACAAACUGGAACAUGCCUCGUCUGUAUCACCUCUCUUCCUGAGGUCUCUGCAAGGCUCCCCAAGCCCCAGACACGUCCCCCCACCGGCUACCUCGGGCCCCCCUGGAUUCCCGUUGUUUCCCACGGAUCCCAGGCCGGGGCAUGGGGAUGGGCCGGGACAAGGGGAGGCCUGGGAGGAGGUCCUGCUCUCCUCUGCCCGAGGGCAGCCGAGGGGACUCCGGCCCUGCUGGGCUGGGAGGAGGGUGGGGGCCUGAACCCCCUCACACACGCAGCGGGGGCUGAACCUCCCUCUCCCUGGGGGCUGCUCGCCCCACACCCAGGGCCCUGAACCCACCAAACACCCGGGGCCUGAACCCUCCACACCAAGGGACUGAGCCCCCCCAAACACCAGGGGACUGAACCCCCUAACAUCGGGGGCCGCUUCUCCCCCGCCCUGGGCACCGGGGGCCGCCAUGACACCGGGGUCUCUCUCGCCCUCACGACAUCGGGGCUGCCCCUUUCGCCGCGGGGUCGCGAAGGCCGUGCCGGUACUUUUUCCUGUUCGUUUCUAUUUUAAUAAACGCCCGUUUGGAGCCCGAGAACAA